AUGGGUUGUGGCAAUUCCAAACAAGAGGUCGACUCUUCGACAAGCAUCACGUGGGCGACUGUGACGACGGAGAAAUUCCGAUUAGAAAAUAUAAGCCCCAUUGGUAAUGGCGACGGAUGGAACUCAAACACACCAAGGAGUCCCUGUGUCAACGUGAGUCCCUGGGAACGUGAGGUGACGGACGACCUGCAGGAAACUGACAGCUAUGACAACGGGGAUCCAAAUCCGCCCAUCAUCCCCCCGAGGAAGAAGAAAUCAGAGGCAGUACCCCCACCUGAAGCCUUCGCUCAUAUUGACGAAUAUGUUCUUAAGGCACCGGACAGCGUCCAGUCAUCAGUGGCCUUCCUCGCCCAGUACCUCAGUAGACCAGCCCAGAAUAACAUGGAGAAAAUCAGGGCAUUUUUCAGAUGGAUUGCUCACAAUGUCAGGUAUGACACCAACAUCCUGCGGAAGGGUAAAUGCGGCCCCCAGGACGCCGACUCGGUGUUGAGGUACAAGAGGGCUGUGUGUGCUGGCUUCUCCUCGCUCUUCUUGGCACUUUGCAGGGAAGUGAAGAUACCCUGCAAAGUUGUUUCCGGAAUAGCCAAAGGAUAUGGGUUUGACCCCGAGGUGAAGAUCACGGACGACACGGACACAAACCAUGCCUGGAACAUCGUGUUCGUCAACGGUGACUGGAGACCCAUCGAAGUCACAUGGGGGGCGGGGUCCAUAGGCGAGAAGUUUAAAUACAUUAAAAAGUUCAAUGAAUUCCAUUUCCUAACCGAUCCUGAUGAUUUUGUGGUUAAACACUUCCCGUAUAUAGACAAAGACCACGACAAAAGUCACUGCUAUCAGCUGCUGGCUAAACCUUUAACGAUUGAGGAAUAUUCAAGUGCAAUAUGUCCUCAUGUGGAGGGAAUCAAGUGGGGAUACGAGUCCAAAACCCACGGUCAGGUGGUGGAUAUGGACAAAGAAUGUGAAAUCCGGAUUGCAACCACACGAGUCACCUUACACGAUUUAUUGUGUGACUUGAAAGAAAAAUCAACGGGGAAAUCUUUAACAGAACAUGUGCUGCUGAGGAAGACACCCGGUGGUUGUUUUUCUAUUAAGGUAACACCUCCCGUUACGGGUAAGUUCGAAUUGCUGCUGUUCGGGAAAGUGCCAGGCGCCACUCAGAAUAAGUGUCUCAUGACCUACACCAUACGCUGCCACUCAGUGUUCCAGCUCGUGAAGCCUUAUCCACAACACACGGGGACAUGGGGCUUUAAAGCCGAUCUGGAAACGUAUGGCUUCAAGUUGGACGCUUGCAAAAUUGAUCUGGUUAAAGCAAAAAGUGGAAAAACUGAAAUAAACAUGAUGGUUAAACCAGAUGUUAACCCAUCCUUUCAUCUGGUUCAUUCUCAAGACAAAAGACAAUACCUCACACAAUUUUUCAUGGCAUUUAUAAAAGACGGAGUGCUGAAUGUAAAGUUUCGUUUUCCUCUGUCGGGGUAUUACAAAUUUACAAUAUUUGCUCAAAGCGUCGCUGUCUCAUCAAAGGAACGUGAUCAUCUAGGGGAUAUUCUCAUCGAAAGCGAGGACUCCAAUCAAGAUAUCCUCCCGUAUCCCACAAUGCACUCCACGUGGGGCCUUUUCCCAGGAGCAACCAAAUAUGGAUUUGUGUCGGUGCCUUACGCCGGAGACAUCCUUGUUUCCGAAAACGGCAAUAUUAGCAUGAAGUUCAAAGUCAAACCUAACAUAGCCGUGUCAUUUAGGCUGGAGCAUGCUACUGCUAAACCUGCCAACCUAGACAGAUUGCUGAUGGCCUAUGUUCAAGACGACUGUCUACAUAUCUCCGCGCGUCUACCGGAAGUGGGAUAUUACAAGCUGAACGUAUUUGCAAAAGACCUUACCCAAACAACAAAAGACAGCACGGACCAUAUUGGCCAUUAUCUCCUAGGCUGUUCAGAUCCGUGUAAAGAUCUAAGACUGUAUCCAGACAAUUAUGGAACAUGGGGAAUAAAACAGAUUGCUAGGGAGUACGGAUUUCCAUCGAAUAUAUUCUCCCAGAGUUCCCUGACGACAAGUGAUGCUGAGGUAGAGAUGAAGCUAUCGGUGGAUCCCACUGUGUCGACAACGUUUAGGCUGUCUCACUCUGAGAAGGAUAUCUCUGACAUUGACCGAUACGUAUUUUCCUACAUCACAAAUGACAUUCUUGUUCUCAAAAUCAGAUUUCCAAAGUCAGGAUUUUAUAAACUGUCUGUAUUUGCGAAGCAUCCUGAUGCAGAUGGUGGGGCAUCAUAUGAUCAUAUGGGUAACAUGCUCAUUGAAAGUAAAACCGAUAUGCCAGGAAUCAAAUCCUUCCCUACAAACUUCACCUCAGCCAAUGAUUAUGCCUGCGUGCUGCUUGAGCCUCUCUGUGGUGAUAUUCCAGCCAAUCAAACAGUCCGACUGCGCAUGACGUCAGAAAGUGUGUUACGGAUAAUGAUCAACAAAAAGUUGUACAGAAAGGGAGACAAUGACGAGUUUGACGUCACCUUUAAUGCUCCAAGAAAGGGGGAUUCCGUUACAGUGUAUGGGAGCUCGGAAGAAUCAGGGAACUUAAAUAGUCUCUUUAAGUUCCUGUGUGUGUAACGUGCGAACUGUUACUCGAAAUGUAUUCCACUGAAAUGCAGAUGUGUACAGUGUAGGUUUACUCUAAUACCACAAUAGGUUGACACUUGUGAACGGGCGAAGUCUUGACGUCAUGACUGUGUUGAGCUUUCCUUAGACGAAAUAUUUGGUUUUCGGUGCUUGAAAAACGUUAGACAGUGUUCAGAAUUGUAACUGAUGGCAUUUGCACGAGCUGACUAGAAAGGAAAUAGAGAAUCGGUCACUGUACCUCGAAGGCGAUGGACGUCAAUCAUUCAAUCAACAAUUCUGGCAAUACGAAGCUGAAAUGGAAACGUAUGUCACUAGCUUGUUUAAUAGUAGGGCGAUACAUGCUUACCUUUUGAGCGAUCACCUGAACAGUUCGCUGAUGUCCAUUGAUGUAUAAUAAUGUCAUUUUCAACGCUGUUGUGCUUUUUAAGCCAAAUAUAAUCUGUUUUGUUGGAUAAUCGAGAUGAUUUUCCUCGGCGUUGGCGUGUCGCAUUUACUGGGCAUGUAGACGAGUAAAUCACUGCUAGUUAGAUAGAGACUGUGGAGCAAUUUGAAGAAUCUUGUACGAGCCAGAUGACCCAUCGUAAGAAAUAUCAGGAUCUGUAUUAAUAAUACGUCGUGAUUUCGAGGUAGUGAACCCUGUAUUGAAAACAUUGUUAUGAAAGGCCAUCCUGGCGAUGUGACGUCAUCAUAUAUGGCGAAAAGAACUUUGUCUCCAAUUCGAGAAACAAUGUUUUAGAGUAAUUAAAAUAUUCACUUCGGCGUCGUGUCAGUUUAUAUCAUUAUGCAAUUUUGGACCAUAUGAAAAUAAACAACAAAUUAAUGGUG